GUUUGUUUGUAGGUGAAAAGAAAGGAUUCAGAAGCAAUUAAUAUUUGGUUUGAAUUUUAGUGACUUUACAAAAAAACUCCAAAAGUAAAAAAAAAAAAAAUGUCAGUGAACUUCCUUCUCUUCUUCUUCCUCAUUCUCCUCCGUGUCUCCGCCGGAUUCUCAUCAUCGGAGCCGGAUUACUUCAACUCCUUGCUUCCCUCCGAUGCCGUUGCCUUACUCUCUUUCAAAUCCACCGCCGAUCUCGACAACAAGCUCUUGUAUUCCCUCACCGAGCGUUACGACUACUGUCAAUGGCGCGGCGUCAAAUGCGCUCAGGGCCGCGUUGUUCGCCUUGUUCUCUCCGGCGUUGGUCUCCGUGGCUACUUUUCUUCGGCGACUCUUAGCCGUCUCGACCAGCUCCGAGUUCUGAGUCUCGAGAACAACUCUCUCUUUGGCCCCAUUCCUGAUCUGUCCGCUCUCGUUAACCUGAAAUCUCUUUUCCUUAGCCGGAAUGAGUUCUCCGGAACUUUCCCACCUUCGAUUCUCUCUCUCCACCGGUUAAUGGUUCUCUCCCUCUCGCAUAACAACUUCACCGGUCCGAUUCCGUCUGAGAUCAACGCUCUUGACCGGUUAACUUCCUUGAAUCUCGAGAUUAACCACUUCAACGCCACUCUCCCGCCGCUGAAUCAGUCGUUUCUAACCUCCUUCAACGUUUCCGGUAACAAUCUCACCGGAGUAAUCCCCGUCACGCCGACUCUGUCGCGAUUCGACGCGUCGGCGUUUAGGUCUAAUCCUGGUCUCUGCGGCGAGAUCAUCAACCGAGCUUGCGCUUCACGCUCGCCGUUCUUCGGGUCGACUAACAAGACUGCAUCAUCGUCGUCGUCGUCGCAGGCUCCUCUGGGACAAAGCGCGCAGGCGCAGAACGGUGGAGCCGUAGUAAUCUCGCCGGUGGUAUCGGGGAAGAAAGGCAAAGAGGCUGGGCUAGUUCUGGGUUUCACCGUCGGUCUCGCGUCGCUUAUCGUGCUUGGUCUUUGCCUCGUCGUCUUCUCUCUGGUGAUGAAGAAACGGAACGAUGAUGGGAUUUACGAACCGAGUCAAAAAGGAGAAGCGUCCUCCUCCUCGCAACAACAACACCAACAACACCAGAAUCAAACUCCGAGAACAAGAACCGUCCCGAUUUCGAAUUCGAAUUCCGAAUCUCAGAAACGCGAUGGUGGAACCGAAAAAGAAGAGAAGCUUCAGUUUCGAGCGACGGAGCCACAAAGCCGCAUCCCAAACAGCGGGAUUCUGAAUUUCACCGGGGACGGUGGAGAGUCGAGUCAAGGGAUGUACACACUCGAGCAGCUAAUGCGAGCUUCGGCGGAGCUGCUGGGAAGAGGUUCGGUGGGGAUAACGUACAAGGCGGUGCUUGAUAACCAGCUCAUCGUGACGGUGAAGAGACUAGACGCGGCCAAGACGGCGGUGACGAGCGAAGAGGCCUUCGAGAAUCACAUGGAGAUUGUUGGUGGACUCAGGCAACCGAACCUCGUUCCGAUUAGAGCUUACUUUCAGUCAAACGGAGAGAGACUCAUCAUCUACGAUUAUCAACCCAAUGGCAGUCUAUUCAACCUUAUCCACGGUUCAAGAUCCUCAAGAGCAAAGCCAUUACAUUGGACAUCUUGUUUAAAGAUUGCAGAAGACGUAGCUCAGGGCUUAUAUUACAUCCACCAAACAUCAUCAGCUUUGGUCCAUGGAAACCUAAAAUCAACGAACAUCCUCCUCGGACAAGACUUUGAAGCUUGUUUAACAGAUUACUGCCUCAGCGUUUUAACAGACUCUUCCUCUUCCGUUUCACCUGAUGAUCCCGACGCUUCCUCUUACAAAGCCCCCGAGAUCAGAAAAUCAUCUCGUAGACCAACUUCCAAAUGCGAUGUCUACUCGUUUGGUGUCUUAAUCUUUGAGCUUUUGACUGGAAAGAACGCAUCGAGGCAUCCGUUUAUGGCGCCUCAUGACAUGCUUGAUUGGGUUAGAGCAAUGAGAGAAGAAGAGGAAGGAGCAGAGAAUAAUAGGCUUGGGAUGAUGACUGAAACAGCUUGUCUUUGCCGUGUGACAUCCCCGGAGCAAAGGCCGACGAUGAUACAAGUGAUUAAGAUGAUUCAGGAGAUUAAGGAGAGUGUUAUGGCUGAAGAGAACGAUCCGUUCCGCUGAAAUGGAACUCAUAGGCUUCCUCCGACCAAUUUUUCCCAGGGGAGGGGGUAAAUUUUAAAGAACAAUUAAUUUAGGUCCGUAAAUGUAAUAUUUUCUUAGGAUGUGGGGUCCGAUUUUAAACACCGUUGAUUUUUGUAGUACGAAAGUCAAAGAUAGUUGCUUUUUAUGUUUUCUUUUUUUUUCGUUGAUUAAUAUCCACCGUUGAAAUGGUCUUCUACGAGAAAAUAAUUGUGUGUUUGGGCCCCAUCUGUCAGGAUAUUAUUUAUGAUAAAAGGACCAAAUUCGCAAUUUUGACAAUUUUUUCUGUUACAAA